AUGGCGGCCCCAUACCAGGGAGAAGACCGCCUGAGGGGGACGGGGGGCUCUGCACCCAGCAGCGGAGCCCGCAGUGGGGCGGCGGCCACGUGCCCUCAACAGCCCCUGCGGCGCUGGCGGCGGGCGUGUCCCUUCCCCGGGAGUCUGACUGCGGAACCCCCGCCUCGGUUUCCCGCUGCGUCGGAGAGCCCAGGGAGCGGGAGGAAGCGGCGGCGGCGGGAGCGCGCGGGGUGGCGCGGGGACCACCGAGGCGGCGUGACCCGGGCGGGGGUCACCCGAGGGUGGGCCGCGCGGGCCCCUGGGCCCUGCAGCCCCGCCGCCGAGCCCAGACAAUGGCCGCUAUUGUGCGCCCUCCGCUGCGCGCAGACGGCUCCCAGCUGCCGCCCGCGGAGCGCCCCCUCCCGGCGGCCCACCUGGCCGCGCGGGCCCACGCUCGGGAAACGGAGGCCCUGGCAGGGCACAGCCGCCGCCUGGGCCGUGUGGCCGGGGUGGAACACCGCCAGCAAAGGGAGUCAACGUCCGCUAAACACCUGCCACGUGCCAGGCACCGUCUGCUCUCCAUUGGACCCACUAAAGCCCCUACACUGCUGCCCGAUUGAGGGGAAACUGAGGCUCAAGGUCACUGGGCUAAGAGAAGCUGGCUGGGAUCUGCUCUGCACGAAGCCCCUCCUUCCUACUCAGGGAAGCGGCCGCGGCCCAUCCUGCCUAGGACUUGGGGAGAAGGGCCCAAGAUGCUUCUCUCAAAAGGCCAUGUGGCUUCCUUGCUAUCAAAUGGAGAAGGGAAAAAUGCAAAAACUGAGGUGCGGGGAAUUAAGUGACUUGUCCAGGAGGACACAGUUCAUCUGGCAAAGCUGGACUUCAAGCCCAGAGAAGGAGUCCGUUGGUGUGUCCGCGGCCAGGGCAGGAGGAGACGUGUGGGACCCGAGGAAGGAAGUGGCCUGCCUAAGGUGAAGGUGAGAGGCGGCGGGGCCUG